AUGAAAUCCAUGAAAACCAGAAAUAAUCCCAAACCCAAAUCCAUCGCUCCGCCGGCGGACCUUCUCGUCUGUUUUCCGGCGAGGGCCCGCCUUACCCUCCUCCCCAAACCCACCUGCAGUCCGGCCAGAGCAUCGGCGGAACCCCACCGCCGCCACCAGAAGAAAGCUCCGCCGCUGUCUCAGUCUCAAGCAAGUCCUCUUCUAUGGGCCAAGGAGCUGGCGUCGGAACCCACUUCGCCGAAGGUUACCUGCGCCGGCCAGAUCAAAAUUAAACCCCAUGCUCGUCGGUCCACUAAGAACUGGCAAUCUGUUAUGGAAGAAAUCGAACGAAUUCAUAAGAAAAAGAAAAUACCCAAUUGGGGAAACCAAAUUCAAGAUCAAAAUCCGUUUGGUUUCAAGAGAGAAAUCGUUAAUUUCCUGUCGUGUUUACGAGGUUUCCGGUUUGAUUUCCGUUGCUUCAAAGGCUUCCCUGAAUCCGACGACAUCACAACAGAGGAAGAAGAAGAAGAAGAAGAAGAAGAAGAAUAUGAAUCCGACGCUGAAUCCGAAGCUGAAUACGAAGAAGAACCCACCGAAGCUACUUCGAAAAGAAGAACAAUGUUCUCGAAAUGGUUCAUGGUUCUACAAAACGAAGAAGAAGAAGAAGAAGAAGAAGAAGAAACCAAACCCAGAAACGACACCGGCGAGCUGCAGCCUUGCUCUGUUCCGCCGCCAAAUGCUCUGUUACUGAUGCGUUGCAGCUUGAAAUUGUUAAUGGAGGAGGAGAAGGAGGCGGUGGCUAAGAAGGAAAGCUUGGUGGUAAUGGAUUAUGAUGCUGAUUUUUACAAGCUUUCAUCUGAUAUUGCGAAAGAGACAUGGGUCGUGAGUGGAUCCAGUACUAGUAGAUGUAAUGAUGACCCAUUUCUGAGAAGCCGGAGCUGGAAGAGAUGA